UGACAAAUCGGGAACCCGCUCGGCCAAUGAACGGCGACACGAGCGCACCACCGGCCAAUCAGGACGCCGGGAGCCGACCGGCGCUGUCUCGGGGUGGUGGUGUCGCCUGGCCCGUCUCCUCACAGAGAAACACCACAGUUGUUCACAUUAAAGAUGCAGUUCAUGCUUCUGUUCAGUCGACAGGGCAAGCUCCGGCUGCAGAAGUGGUACGUGCCUCUGUCGGACAAGGAGAAAAAGAAGAUCACCAGAGAGUUGGUGCAGACGGUCCUGGCUCGAAAGCCCAAGAUGUGCAGCUUCCUGGAGUGGAGGGACCUCAAGGUUGUGUAUAAGAGAUACGCCAGCUUGUACUUCUGCUGCGCCAUCGAGGAGCAGGACAAUGAGCUCAUCACGCUGGAGAUCAUCCACAGAUACGUUGAGCUGCUGGAUAAAUACUUUGGCAGUGUUUGCGAGUUGGACAUUAUUUUCAACUUUGAGAAGGCCUACUUCAUCCUGGAUGAAUUCCUGCUGGGCGGGGAGGCUCAGGAGACGUCCAAGAAGAAUGUGUUGAAGGCCAUCGAGCAGGCCGACCUGCUGCAGGAGGAUGCCAAAGAAGCAGAGACCCCACGCAGCGUGCCGGAGGAAAUUGGACUGACAUAAACAUCAACAUCCACUCGCCUCACACGCCUCCACCUGCCAGCUACUCUGCUGUAUGUAGCCCAUAGUGACUCCAAUUCACCUUUGACAACACAACGUUACACACACACACACACACACACACACACACACACAGGGAGGGCAUGGUUUUCCUUUGCAUCUGUUUUCUUUCUCUGCUGAGACAAAAACAAUGUUGCACUGUUUGUACUGUAUGUCCUGCUGAGUUAUUUAUUUGUUCAGUGCGAUGACGUCAACUGUUGGCAGGGAAAAUUAGAGCAUAAUUCACCUUUUUGCUGCCCACACCAAGGUACUGUACCGGGUGAACUGCUAUGUAUUGUGAAGGGAAGUCAAAAGUAUUAUGCUGACAAAACCAAAGAUAUUUACAUUUAAUCUCGCCUACAAAUGCAUGGCGAGGAUGAUGAUGAACACCUUUGGCAUUUGAAAUCUACCCAUUGCACAGUGCUGACACUGAUGCCGCACUGCAGUGUGACGUGAAAAGACAGAGAAACAGAAAAUGUUAUACAGCUUACAGACCGUCAACACUUGCGUGUAGUGUUGACCAGUGGACUGUUUUGUCUGUCAACUGGUUUCUAAUGGAAGGAUCCUACUUAAUGUGGAAUGCCUUAAUCUCUGACGGAUGUCCAUUCAUUUACUGUAAAAUGAAAAUCUGUCACAGUGCCAUGACUGCAUCUGCAUGCCACUGCAAUGUAGCAGUUUAUUUUACAAUGUGUAAAAUCUAGACUGACAGCUGUUUUCUUCACGUUUACUACCGUGUUUCUUUUUUUUUAAAUGUAUAUUCCAGUAACAAUCAGUAUUGUAAAAGCUCAAUUUAAGGCACCAGAUUAUUUGAUUUGGAGUUAAAUUAGUCAAUUUUUGGAUAAUAAGUGUCAGAACAUUUCCCUAAAAUAUGGAACGCCCUUUUUUUUAACGAAACAAUGUGAGCUGUUACACAAGCUGCGUAGAUAGAUAUGGACUGUUCUGUCCGAUGUUUGAGUCCAGCAACUGAAAUACUGUCUGUGUAGACAUGUUGUGGCUUUCUUUGCUGGCUAGUUGACUUGCUGUGUAAAUCUGCUGUGUGAUUCUGGGCUGGGAGAGUACAGUGGGCGUACAGUCAGUCAGUACAAGCCGUUCCAUUCAUAGUUCAUAUGUGCAUCCAGUUUAAAAAGGAGGCAUAUUAUAAAUCAACGAUAUCCCGCUUUGGUACAAUUAAACCCGCUGCACACUUUGUGUCCACCCUCUUACAGUAGGUGUUUUUGUCGUUGAUUUGACAUCACUCCCAUGUCUGACCUUUGACUCUCAUUAGCACAGUUUAGUGAUGGCUGCAAAGCUCCAUCUGACUUCAAACUGAGCCGUAGGUCUAAACAAUGAGAGAGCGAGCAAGGCCCUGAAAUAAAUAUUCUUAUAAAGCCGUUUCACUGUCUACACAAAACUGGAAGUUGUUUAACAAAAAAACUGAAAAGAAUACACUUAAGCCACUCGUGUCAUAUUUUACAGCAUGUGAACUACCUAUUUACUACUGUGACUCCCGUGAAAAAAAAGUGUGACCAUGCAUAAAAUAGCAAUAGAUUAUAUGAUUAUGAGAUUUUUUUAUGGACUUAAACUGUACUUCUCAGCCACUUGGAUGAGUACUUUAAUCCAACACAGAUCCACAUUAGAUGCCUUGGACACAAGACUGUGCAAACAAAUCAUAAAUUGGUUUUCUGUGUGUACUUUAUGUUAAUCUUGCACUUGGUUUACAUCUUCAGGAUGCUGGUAUUGUUAUUCAAAACCAAAAUAUACUUUUUUUUCCUGAAAUACUCAAUUUUUCCAUCUUCCCCUAAUAUAUAACACUGUGUUACAUGUUAAGGUACUGACAUGUGUUCCCUUUCAUCACUUUUAUAAAACUUUAAAUUACAUACUUUCAUGUAUGUGAUUGAUUUGUGUGUGUUGUUCUGUGUCUCAGACGUGUGACUGAUUCAAUCUAUUCUGUGUACAAAGUGAAAUGUACAGUAGCUACAUGCAGGAGUGCAGUGUAACCUGUGUAUUAUAAUACUGGACUUGUGUUCACUUGCAAUGGGAAAAAUUGUAUAUUCACUGUUUCAGUGUCUGAAAUGGAGAAAGUUGGUUUUCCUAUCAAGUUCAGCAAUAAAGAGAACUCUGGGUUGCAGAGCAUUGCC